UCGCCCGCUCUCCCUUGCUCUCGCUCUGUCUUUUUUGGGCGCCAUGCUGAGGGGAAGGGAAGAUGGUGAGUUGGAAGAAGGGGAACUGGAAGAUGACGGGGCUGAGGAGACCCAGGAUACCUCUGGAGGGCCCGAGAGAAACCGCAAAGAAAAGGGGGAGAAGCACCAUAGCGAUUCGGAUGAGGAGAAGUCCCACAGGAGAUUGAAGCGGAAACGGAAGAAAGAGCGGGAGAAGGAGAAGAGGCGGUCGAAGAAGAGGAGGAAAUCCAAGCACAAACGCCAUGCUUCCUCCAGUGAUGACUUCUCUGACUUCUCUGAUGACUCGGAUUUCAGCCCCAGCGAGAAGGGGCACCGCAAGUACAGAGAGUACAGCCCCCCAUAUGCACCGUCCCACCAGCAGUACCCCCCAUCCCACACCACGCCCCUGCCUAAGAAGGUGUACUCCAAGAUGGACAGCAAGGGCUACGGCAUGUAUGAAGACUACGAGAAUGAGCAGUACGGGGAGUAUGAGGGGGAUGAAGAGGAGGACAUGGGCAAAGAGGACUACGACGACUUCACCAAAGAGUUGAACCAGUACCGGCGUGCCAAGGAGGGCAGCAGCCGGGGCCGAGGUAGCCGAGGCCGUGGCCGUGGCUACAGGGGUCGAGGAAGCCGCGGAGGAUCGCGAGGCCGGGGCAUGGGCAGGGGAAGCCGAGGCAGGGGCAGAGGCUCUGUGGGAGGAGACCACCCAGAGGACGACGAGGACUUCUAUGAAGAGGAGAUGGAAUAUGGAGAGAAUGAAGAGCCCAUGGGAGAUGAUGAUUACGAUGAAUACUCCAAGGAGCUGAACCAAUACCGCCGGUCCAAGGACAGCCGAGGUCGAGGGUUAAGUCGAGGCCGUGGCCGGGGUUCCCGAGGUCGAGGGAAAGGGAUGGGCCGGGGCCGUGGUCGAGGUGGCAGCCGAGGAGGGAUGAACAAGGGUGGAAUGAACGACGAUGAAGACUUCUAUGAUGAGGACAUGGGCGAUGGUGGUGGUAGCAGCUACCGGAGGAGUGACCCCCACCAGCAGUCUGACAAGAAAGGCAAAGUCAUCUGCAAAUACUUCGUGGAAGGGCGGUGCACGUGGGGAGACCACUGUAAUUUUAGCCACGACAUUGAACUACCAAAGAAGCGAGAACUGUGCAAGUUUUAUAUCACUGGAUUUUGCGCCAGAGCUGAGAACUGCCCCUAUAUGCAUGGUGAUUUUCCAUGUAAAUUGUACCACACAACUGGGAACUGCAUCAAUGGUGAUGACUGUAUGUUCUCCCAUGACCCCCUGACUGAAGAGACCAGAGAGCUCUUGGAUAAGAUGUUGGCUGAUGAUGCAGAAGCAGGCGCUGAAGACGAGAAGGAAGUUGAAGAACUGAAAAAGCAGGGCAUCAACCCCCUGCCCAAACCACCUCCUGGAGUGGGCCUCCUGCCCACCCCGCCUCGUCCUCCUGGUCCCCCUGCCCCCACCUCUCCGAACGGCAGGCCCAUGCAGGGUGGCCCCCCACCGCCACCCCCUCCUCCACCUCCUCCUCCAGGGCCCCCUCAGAUGCCCAUGCCAGUUCACGAGCCGCUGUCCCCACAGCAGCUACAGCAGCAGCAGGACAUGUACAACAAGAAGAUCCCUUCCUUGUUUGAGAUUGUGGUGCGGCCCACAGGACAGCUGGCUGAGAAGCUGGGUGUGAGGUUUCCUGGACCCGGUGGGCCUCCAGGGCCAAUGGGCCCUGGGCCCAACAUGGGACCUCCAGGGCCAAUGGGGGGUCCAAUGCAUCCCGACAUGCAUCCUGACAUGCACCCGGACAUGCACCCCGACAUGCACCCGGAUAUGCACCCUGAUAUGCCAAUGGGCCCUGGCAUGAACCCUGGCCCACCCAUGGGACCUGGUGGCCCUCCAAUGAUGCCGUAUGGUCCUGGAGACUCCCCACAUUCUGGAAUGAUGCCCCCCAUCCCACCAGCCCAGAACUUCUAUGAAAACUUCUACCAGCAGCAAGAAGGCAUGGAAAUGGAGCCCGGACUCCUUGGUGAUGCAGAGGACUACGGGCACUACGAAGAGCUGCCAGGGGAGCCUGGGGAGCACCUCUUCCCUGAGCACCCUCUGGAGCCCGACAGCUUCUCUGAGGGAGGGCCCCCAGGCCGGCCGAAGCUGGGCGCCGGUGUCCCUGACUUCCUGCCCUCGGCCCAGCGGGCCCUGUACCUGAGGAUCCAGCAGAAGCAGCAGGAGGAGGAGGAGAGAGCGAGGAGGCUGGCUGAGAGCAGCAAGCAGGACCGGGAGAACGAGGAAGGUGACACCGGAAACUGGUACUCCAGUGAUGAGGAUGAGGGUGGGAGCAGUGUCACCUCCAUCCUUAAGACCCUGAGGCAGCAGACGUCCAGCCGACCCCAGGCUACAGUCGGAGAGCUGAGCGCCAGUGGGCUGGGGGACCCCCGCCUCCAGAAGGGACACUCCACAGGAGGCCGGCUGGCUGAUCCCCGCCUCAGCCGGGACCCGAGACUUACCCGCCAUGCCGAGGCUUCUGGUGGGUCAGGCCCAGGGGACUCAGGGCCCUCUGACCCUCGGCUGGCCCGUUCCCUGCCCACCUCCAAGCCUGAAGGCAGCCUUCAUUCCAGCCCCGCAGGCUCCAGUAGCUCCAAGGGGUCUGGACCACUCCCUGCAGAAGAGGAGGAAGGGGAGCGGGCCCUGAGGGAGAAGGCCGUGAAUAUUCCCCUGGACCCUCUCCCCGGACACCCGCUGCGGGACCCACGGUCGCAGCUGCAGCAGUUCAGCCACAUUAAGAAGGAUGUGACCCUGAGCAAACCGAGCUUUGCCCGCACUGUGCUCUGGAACCCCGAGGACCUGAUCCCCUUGCCUAUACCCAAGCAGGAUGCAGUACCCCCCGUGCCCGCCGCCCUGCAGUCCAUGCCUGCCCUAGAUCCCCGGCUGCACCGCUCCACGACUGCAGGGCCCUCUAGUGCCCGGCAGCGCCCGGGCACCUCCACGGACCCCAGUACAUCCGGCUCCAACUUGCCCGACUUUGAACUCCUCUCUCGCAUCCUCAAGACCGUCAAUGUCACCAGCUCUCCGGCAGCCCCUGGCCCAAGCGACAAGCCGAGUGACCCCCGAGUGCGGAAGGCCCCCACUGACCCACGGCUGCAGAAACCAGCAGACUCUGCAGCUGCCUCACGGGCAGCCAAGCCUGGUCCCACUGAAGUGCCCUCUCCAGCUGCCAGCCCCAGUGGAGAGUCCUCCCCGCCAGCCACAGCACCCUACGAUCCCCGCGUGCUGGCAGCUGGUGGGCUGGGCCAGGGCAGUGGCAGUGGCCAGAGCAGCGUGCUGAGCGGCAUUAGUCUCUACGACCCAAGGACUCCCAACGCGGGUGGCAAAGCCAUGGAGCCAGUUACAGACACGGGCACCCAGCCCAAGGGCCCCGAGGGCAACGGCAAGAGCUCGGCCUCCAAAGCCAAGGAUCCGCCAUUUGUCCGUAAGUCCGCCCUGGAACAACCAGAACCAGGGAAAGCCGGUGCAGAUGGGGGUGUGACCACAGUCACGGACAGGUACAACAGUUACAACCGGCCCAGGCCCAAGGCUGCCGCAACCCCCCCCACCACCACCACAGUGACCCCUCCGCCAGAGGGCACCCCACCCCAACCUGGGGUGCACAACCUGCCUGUGCCCACCCUCUUUGGGACUGUGAAGCAGGCACCCAAGACAGGCUCAAGUAGCCCAUUUGCAGGCAACAGCCCGGCCCGAGAGAGCGAGCAGGAUGCAGGGUCCCUGAAAGAUGUUUUUAAAGGCUUUGACCCCACUGCCUCCCCCUUUUGCCAGUAG